AUGCUCAAGGAAGCCAGCGAGCUGGAGCACAGGAUGACACGAUUCAGAGCUGAGGAGCUGGAGCAAGCUCUCGAGAAUGCGGUGGCAGUGGCCCGAGAUGAGAAUGUCGACGCGAGUAAAACAUCCAAGACAAUCGGCGAGGUUUUCGAGUCGCAGCAGGAGAACCAAGCUCUGCUGCAAGCGAAGCUCGACACCAUCACAAACAAUCUCCUGGCCAUGAAGGAAGAGCUUCACAAGCAGUCGGCGAAUCGGGUUCCGCAGUUUACUGGCGGAACUGGUGACACGGUCGAAGCAGACCAGGACAAAGACUCCCGGCCCCAGCGAGCUGCUGUAGCCGAGCUGAACGAGGUUGAGAAGCGACAGGUGGACAGGUUCAUCGAGACGUACUCGCCUUUCGUCACCAUGGUUCAGCGAAUUGUGCCAUGCCCGUCGAGCACCGUAUGGUCCGCCGGAGUGAAUGCUGGAGCCGUUUUGCAGACGCUUCAUGAAAUCUGCGCCGUGACCCCGCGAGCAGUUGCAAACAUCACGAGAUUCAUGAGAACGCAAGAGCCGCACGCGUGGUUCUGCGCUCGUGCCGCGGCUGUUGGCUCGCCUUCUAGCAUACGGACUUCCGAGAUAUUGUGCGACCGCCUCCUUUGCUAUCACGAUUACUUCCAAAUCUCUCCUCGUGAGACCGAAAGGGUUUCCUGGUAUAGAGCUCGCUUCGUACCUCGCGGGACAUCUUCUGUUGCCCAGCACGGUAGCACUGCGCUCGGUUUUGGCGGUUAG